CUUUAACAAGCUUCAGUUUCGAUUGCACUUUGCAACUCGACAGACAUAUUUACGCUUCAUCUCAUUUCUCAAAAUAUGCGAUCGCUAUACAUCAUCAUGGCGUUAGUGCCCAUUUUCGGAUUGUGCUUCGCGACGUCCGAUGAGAAUGUAUCCGCGUGUAAUUGCGAGCACUGUAAUAACGAGGAAAAAGUAAUCGGUUUGGGAGAGGAGACGACUACUCAAGCCUGGCAGGUCAUGUACGAGGAGGACAGCGAUGAUGAUGGUAAUCGGACAAUUUGCGCCAGGAAUCGCGAUUUUAACGAUCGCACUUUUCCAAGUGUCUGUCACAUGUUAUGUUACAAUCAUUGCACGAGAUAUCGAAUGGUAGCAGUUACUAAGAAUGACGUGAAGAAGUAUGUUGUAAUUGCUUACAGACCAAAUUAUUAUAAAUUGAAAGAUGGAUUGUGCUGAGAUGGAUUACUAGUUUUUUCGGAGAUCAUAUGGCUGAAAGACUUGAUAUACAUAUAUAAUUAUUAUACAGAAACUUGAGCAGCAACAUUUUUGCAAAUUUACAUUAUAUGUAAAAAAUUGAUGUAAAAUAUAUACAUAUAUAUAUUUAAAUAAUUUUAUUAGCUGAUAGCUCAAUGCUUUAUUUUGUGACUUUUCAGAUACAGGAUGCUCUUUGUGUUUGAUGUUACGAAAAUUUCAAAGCAUUCCGUUGACCAGUCGAAAUAAAAGAACUUUUGUUCCUUUCGUUCUGAUUGAUCAAUCGAAUGAUUCGAAAGUUUCGUAGCGCGGCGUCAAAGAAAGGGAGCAUCCAUCCAUAUAGACAACUUGAAGCCCCUAAAUAUAGUUUCGAAAAUCGCCGCUAUAGUGCGCUGUAAAUAUAUUGUGUUUCCCGCAGUUAAGAUUCAGCUGGAUAGGCAUAAAUAUGGUGAACUGCGGGAGAAAAGCAUACUUACCUGGCGUAGAGGUUACCAUGAUCAACAAGGUGGUUCCUCCAGAGUGAGGCCUUUACCAUUGCACUACGGUUAGGGCUGACCUUUGCGAAUGUCCCUAAUGUGGAUAUCUCGGACGUAUAAUUUUUGUUAGUCGGGACUGCGUUCGCGCUCUCCCGGAUAA